AUGCAGGGACGACUAGAAGAACUAGCCAUCCUGAUGGAAUGGACGUUCAUCUUGACAUUGCUUCUCAACAACGUCAAAACGAUGCCUGCUUCUGAAACUUGUGGCUCGAGAUUUUGCUCAACCGACCGACACCACCCUCUUUGCCGCUACGCCCGUUGGAAAGCUCCCAGACCAGAGAGAAAACCACCACCAAUCCAGGAGGACCAGCAGACUGUGACUGCACCCGCAACUCCCACGCCGAAGCCAUCAAGCUCAUCUGCUCCAGAAGAUGAUGGAAUUCCAGCACAGCCAAUUGCUUCUUCAUCACGAAGUCGCAAUCUCAACCAGCACCAGAAUCGCACACGCGGCACACCUCCCAUGAUGUUGGCUUUCUUGGCUAAAGGGGCUCAGCAAGAAAGGGCCCGACAAGCAUCCGCCGCCACACAAACGCUUCCAUAUCGAGGAUCAAGAUCCUCAUUGGAAGAAACAGCUGGUCCAUCAGCACCACCUAGCAUUCCGAACUUGCCUACCACAUCGACAAACUCCAGCGCGCCACUGCUCUUCACACACGGCGGCCCCGGCGAAACGCAUCGAAAGCUACACAGCGAUCCAUACCAAUACAACAUUCCAGAUCUAGCCUCCGGUCCACCUUACUUCCACGUCACAUUGACAUAUUAUGCCGUGCAAGGAGGUCUGUUACCCGAACAGCAUAUAGGACAAUAUACCUCGAAAGUCGGAUGUUGGAAUUCGCUGGCUGCGGCUCGAGAAGGUGCUCGAAGGCAUUCGCUAGGUUCGAGAUUUUGUAAUCAUCCAGUCCAUGUUGUGGUGAAACCUAUCAUUGGUGGCGUUGAGGCGAAGGUGAGGAAUAACAGGGGAUUUAAUGGUCGUCCUGAUCGAUUGAGUGAGCCGUGGGGAGGAGGUGCUUUUAUUGAGAUUGUGGAAUCUUUGAAUCGUUUUCCGGGAUAUUAG